AUGGGCAACUGCAACAACUAUUCGCCCGAAGAGGGACGCUGCGAGGAGCAGUUUGGGCGUACUACUCGAAGGGAAUCUGAUGGUCGGUAUACUGUUUCGCUCCCCAAGGAUGAAUCAACAUUUUCGCUGCUGGGUAUGUCAAAGGAUAUUGCUUUAAAGCGUUUUCAAGGGCUAGAGAGGAGGUUGGAUCGAGACACCGAACUUCGUAAGCAAUAUGAAACUUUCAUGAUGGAAUAUUUGACCUUGGGACACAUGAAAAGGGUAGAAACUGGCGAGCAAGCAGAAGUCAAGAGAUGUUAUUUGCCGCAUCAUCCUGUGGUAAAGGCUUCUAGUACUACAACAAAGGUCAGGGUGGUCUUCGAUGCUUCAUGCAAAACAUCGACUGGCAUCUCUCUCAAUGACGCACUUCUCAUUGGCCCGAUGGUUCAGCGAGACCAGCGUUCUAUAAUACUCCGUAGCCGAACUCUCCAAGUAAUGAUUGUCGCAGACGUGGAGAAAAUGUUCAGGCAAAUUAAUAUGGAUCAGGCGGAUUCUCCGUUACAAAGCAUUUUAUGGCGUUUUAAUCGUGACGACGAAAUUGCAACGUACGAACUCAGCACCGUUACAUACGGGACUAAACCGGCCCCAUUUUUGGCCACUCGUACACUGAAACAGUUAGCUAUGGACGAGAGUGAGAGGUUCCCCUUGGCAGCCCAGGCAACUGAGGAAGAUACAUAUAUGGACGAUGUGAUAUCUGGGGCGGACGACAUCGAUACCGCAGUUGAAUUAAGAAGGCAGUUAGUUUCCCUGUUUGAAAGUGGAGGUUUUCGAUUACGAAAAUGGAUAUCCAACAACGAGCGAGUUUUGGAAGGUAUACCCAACGAAAAUCUGGCACUCCCCAAUACGAACGAGGUAAAUUUGGAUCAUGAGUCAUCGGUAAUGACAUUGGGGUUGACAUGGUUGCCCAAAACGGACUGCUUUCGGUUUCAGUUUGCUAUUCCGGCAUUGCUUUCUGAUCAACUUCUAACCAAACGCAAGAUUCUCUCCAUCAUCGCAUCGCUUUUCGACCCCCUAGGGCUCCUGGGAGCAACAAUUGUGAGGGCUAAAAUCUUCAUGCAGGGACUUUGGCAUCGUGUUAAUGCAGGAGGCAAACGAUUGGAGUGGGAUGAGAUACUCCCAGCAACGGUGGGUGAGGAGUGGCGUAUAUUUCAUUCUCAAUUGCCCACAUUGAACACUCUUCGCGUUCCUCGCUGUGUCGUCGUAGCUUGUGCUGUUUCUACUGAGAUACACUGUUUUUCGGAUGCCUCGGAAAGGGCAUAUGGCACUUGUCUAUACUUGCGAAGUACGGAUAAAAACGGGAAUUAUACAGUCCAUCUUCUAACUUCUAAAUCGAGGGUCGCACCACUCAACGUACAGUCGCUGCCUAGGCUAGAGCUGCGGGGCGCUUUGCUUGCUGCACAACUAGUGGACAAGGUGUUGGAUGCCCUUAAAGGGACGUAUAGGGUCCAUUUGUGGACGGACUCGACCUGUGUCCUUCAAUGGAUUAAAGCACCACCAAGUACAUGGACAACAUUUGUGGCAAAUCGGGUCUCAAAGAUCCAAGCACUUUCGGAAAAACAUAAUUGGAACCAUGUGCCCGGAAUUUCAAACCCCGCAGACUUGAUCUCGCGUGGUAUUUUACCAAAUGCAUUGGAAGGAAACCGCCUUUGGUGGGAGGGCCCAGACUGGUUGAAAAAGGAAAGGGAAGAGUGGCCCAAUCAACCCGAUAUAAGACUGGAUACUAUAUCAGAGCGGCGACAAGGCACGGUGAUAUGCGUCGCGUCGGACGCGCCUUGCUUCAGCACUAUGUUCGUUUCUAAAUUUUCCGCAUAUUCGAGACUCAUUCGGGCUACGGCAUAUUGGUUACGUUUCAUAGCAAUUUAUGUAAAAAGGGUUAAUCCAAAGCCAAAUGGAUUCCUCACUACUGUGGAGCUUAGGAGGGCAGAAGCAGUUAUAAUUCGGCGAAUCCAAGAAGAAACGUUCUCGGAAGAAUUGAAAGCGUUAACUAACAACAAGGCACUUCCUCGCAAGUCCCCUUUACGUUGGUUUAAUCCCAUGAUUGAUUUAAACGGAGUUUUACGAGUAGGUGGAAGGUUGGGACACCCGCAAGAGACCCAUGACACAAGGCACCCAAUGAUAUUGCCAUGGAAACAUGAAUUUACUACCAUGCUCUUUAGACACUAUCACCAAACUUUACUGCAUGCAGGCCCUCAACUGCUUCUCAGCUCAAUUCGGUCACGAUACUGGCCGCUGGGCGGAAGGAAAACAGUCAGAAUGGUUGUCCACCAAUGUCAGCGAUGCUUUAGAGCAAAACCAACAUUACUGAAACAACAGAUGGGUGAGCUGCCAACGGCGCGCGUUACAGUAGCUAGGCCAUUUUCCAGAACCGGUGUGGACUAUUUUGGACCCGUGCAUAUUCGCGACGGGCGAAAGCGACCUGCGAUUAAAGCAUACGUCGCGGUGUUCGUAUGCAUGUGCACUAAGGCAGUGCACAUGGAGUUAGUCACUGACCUGUCAACGGAACGCUUCUUACAAGCACUACGCCGAUUUAUCUCAAGACGGGGAAGGUGUACUGAUUCGUAUUCCGAUAAUGGGACAAAUUUUGUCGGCGCGCGAAACCAAUUAAAGGAAUUGCGGAAUUCACUAAGGGACAAAGAGCAUCAAGAGAAGGUUUCUAAGGAAUGCGCACAGAACGGUAUGCAGUGGCACUUCAACCCACCUAGUGCCCCGCACUUCGGAGGCCUUUGGGAGGCUGCCGUUCGCUCAGCCAAACAUCAUUUGCUUCGUGUGUUAGGAGAAAAUCCAAUUGCGUUUGAGGAUUUCAACACCUUGUUAAUCCAGGUUGAGGGUUGCUUGAACUCCCGUCCACUCACUCCACUGUCGGAUGACCCAAGUGAUAUGGAGGCGCUUACACCUGGUCAUUUUUUAACCGGAGGAUCCCUGCAAGCUAUCCCAGAACCGGACUACACUGACGUGAAACUUAAUCGCUUGAGUCGAUGGCAACUGGUACAAUGGCAGCUGCAAAACUUCUGGAAGCGUUGGCGGACAGAAUAUUUAUCCCAACUGCAAGGUAGAACGAAAAAUUGGGAACCUCCGUCGAAGGUAGAAAUCGGAAGGUUGGUGAUCAUCGUCGACAGCAACCAACCACCAAUGCGAUGGAAGAUGGGUCGUAUACAUAAGCUGCACCCUGGUCCUGAUGAUGUAGUCCGCGUAGUCACCGUAAAAACUGCAACGGGAUAUCUGCAACGGCCAAUCGUUAAACUGUGCAUAUUACCAUCUCCAGAGACCGAAAAUUCAGCUGACUCGACAAGCAAUUAG